AUGCCUCCGCACCCAACUACUACUCAUGUGCCGACGUUGGCUGGCAUCCGCUACGCCAUUCCGCCACAACCGUCGUCGGGUCCGAAUGGUGCCGGAAGCCGGUACACCAUGAGAGGCGCAGACGUGUUCGGUGGUCCCAUUGAGGUCUCGCCCCAACCCCAUCAUCAGGGGCUUAACGGAGACAUGGUUGCCGACCCCAACGUCUACGUUUAUCCCACCAGCCACGUCCACUACGACUUUCAACAUGCGCCUACUCCCAUGCCGCAAGGCGCCGGCAUCACACCCGCCCGUCUCGGACCCGCGCCGCGUCUCUCACAGCCCUACAACAUGCCAGGGUCGUCCGACUCGCAAGUUACCCCUUUGUCCAAGAACAACCUUCAACACCGUCCCUCGACUGCAGACGGUUCGUCGUCGGACAAUAACAGUUCGGCAGAACGGCCUGCGCGCCCAGAGGCCGAGCCGGUCACAUCCAGUGAUGUCGAGGCUGAAUCACCCACAAGACGCGUCCGCAGUCGCAUCCCCACGUUUGAGCCAGCUCAUGCUCGUACAACUGCUCCGCAGAAGCGCAAGGCAGCGCCCGCUGGUCGGUCAAGCGCAAAGCCUACCAAGGCCGCCGUGGACCCGGGCGUCGAGGGCAUUCCUCCAGGACUGCCGUUGGAGACGCGACCGCCAUUAUCAUUUGCGUGGAUGAUCGGCAAUGCCAUCCUGGCCGCCCAGGCUGGAGGACUUUCUCUUGAGCACAUUUACCGGUACAUCUCGACCUGUUACCCAUUCUUCAGGAAUGACGACCAGUGGCGCAACUCUGUCCGCCACAACCUCUCGAUACACAAGAUCUUCAUGACCAUCCCUCGCUCAGAGAUUCACCCUCCUGGUAAAGGCGGCAUCUGGACUAUCCCAGACGAGGAGAAGUGUCACUGGCAAAUGGGCCCUGACGGUGUUCCUAAGUUCACCAAGACUUUUCCGCCGUCCGACCCUCACUAUCCUCACUGUCGCCAAACCAAGUGGGACAUUCGUGUCGAGGAGAAGGCCCGGGCCAAGGCCGAGGCAGAUGGUGUCGAGUACGUCCCCAAGAAGGGCAAGCGCGGCAAGGUCCCUAAGCACCGGCAGGGUCUCACACAGGCCUCUAACCCAAUCCCAUUCGUCCUCCCACCACCGCCACAGGAGAUGAUGGGGGGUCCACCACCACAAGGCGGCCCACCGCACCUCCAGUCUCAUCUCCAGCACUCAAUGCCGAUGCCGAUGCCGAUGUCGAUGCCGAUGCCGAUGCCGCCGCAGCCCAUGCCAUCCCAACCUCACAUGGCGAUGCCUAUACACUCUCCUCCUCCUCAGGCGCCCAUCCGAGGCCUUCCUCAGAUGCCAGUAAUGCCUCGUGGGAUGUCCCCUCAGCCACAGGGCAGCCAAGAUCGCCUCCAGGUUGAGGACGACGGACUCGACUUUGAGCCUGAGGAGCAGGACGCCGGGCGUCCCCUGAAGCUCCAGCCUCUCCGGUUCAUUCCAGCUUCCAAAGAGAAGCGGACGAUCACACCCCUGCCGUCUAUGGUGCCGCCCCACAGCUUCGCGGGCCAGGAGAACAAGCCUCCCGUCCCAGACGAGGAGGGCGUCUUCUCAACCAAUGGGCCUCCAAGGCCUCAACCCAUCCUCAGACGCACCUUCCAGCCGGCAUCUCCUGACGAAGUGGCGCAAGUGGACAUGAACGACUACUUCAACAACGACGACGACAACCUAUUUGAGACGCCAGCUCACAAGCGCCAGGAAGUGCCUUCAGGUCCAGUGUCUGGCUCCAUCCACAACGUGACUUCGAGUGCAUUCAAGACACCGGCUCUCACCCAUACAUCGUCGUCGCCGACUUCAUCGCCGAUGCCGCUCACUAUCCCUCGUGGCGCCAACCACCACCCGAGUGGUCUGCAGCGCGAAUGGAACCCAGCCGAGGAGGUCCACUCCAACGGGCCGCGUUCGCCUGCGGGGUUAGAUGCUCCUUUCGCGAUGAAACCGACUCCCCUUAAGAAGUCGUUCGGGGAGGACGACGACAACCUCCGUCUUGCGCCGCGCGCUGCCGAGCGUGUCGCUCCACCAAAGACUCCGGGCGUUGCUCCCCGGACCCCCGGUCUGCCCUCAAAGACCAUGGGUGGCCCUCCUAAGACUCCAAUCUCUCGCUCGUCGGCUGUCAUGCGGACGCCAAACGUGAAGACGCCUCUCAUGUACCAGACGCCUGCGAGGUCCAACUUCACUCCGGGUCGGGACCAACUGAACACACCUCUGUGGGAGGUGUUGGGAUGUCUCGACCGUAUGAAGGAGGACCAGCAGCAGGAGCAGGCCAACACGACCCCCCUCGAGCCCCUUGAAGUUCUUGAACAGGGCAACUUGACGCCUCGCCCGACCACCAACCCGGCGAGUUACUCGCUUGACUCGCCCAGUCGCGGGCCCAGGGAUGCGAUAGAAAUCGACUCACCCAUCAGCAAGCGGCGCCGGGUCGCGUCCUAG